AUGGUGACUCCGACCUGCUACCCCCCAAGCGAAGCCGGUAGACGAUAUAGCCGCGCUUGUCCACCAUACCCCGUAUCUUACUCAGAUCGUCGCUCUUACCUCUCUUCUCGAGAUAGCCGCACAGCCACCAUGGCCGAACGCGAAGGGGACGUUGAAUCACAACCUCGGAAGAGGAUUGCAGUAGCAUGCGGCCGGUGUCGUAAGCGCAAGAUACGAUGUAGUGGCGACACGGGACAUGGACUUCCAUGCUCGAACUGCAAGAAUGCAGGCCACGAACCAUGCCUGUUUCUACGGGUGUCAUCGACCGAGACCCAUCUUAGGAACGACAACAACGAGUUCGGGUAUAAUCUCGAAGCGGCACGGCCUUAUAGCCACCAGGCUCGGAUUGCGGGUUCUCCCUUGAGCUCCAUAUCUCAAUAUUCGGACCUGUCUGCUGGGGACGGUGUGAAUUCUUAUCGACCCAAUCAGUACCCGUAUGGUAAUGGCAGUAAGGGUUACUAUUCUGCGAUGCCGGGAUGGUCAGCAGGGUAUCAGAAUGAUGGGGUGGAUUACGGCCUCAACUACUCCUACCCGAUGUUGAGCCAUGAUCCUGCUCAUAUGGUGCAGGGAUACGGGCGAUACGGCUCGGGUAAGUCUCUCUACGUCGAUAACGAGACCUCCUCUUACCCCUACGGUAACCUGAUACAACGCCCGACAGUAAGCAGUGAUUCUGCUACUGGAUUCUCCUUGUCUGGGAUGGCUGCCUCGCUGCCAAAUGCGUCUGAUCGUGUGGUGCCUUCAGACCGCCUACUUCCUCAGGUGAACCGUACCCUUACGGGCUCAUCUGGGUACCGCCCGGAUGGCAUUGGGAAUGCUUAUUCAAAUACAAAAGCUUCACCGACCGGGUCGAUGUCUGAGGUCAGCUACGGUAGCUUGAGCUCAAAUUUCGAGACACAAUACUCGGCUGGGACCGCGCUGCCGUCUGGCGUCCUGCAUCGGCCGACAGGUCAGAACGACAACACCAAUUACCUGAAUAGCGCGGCUUCAGCCUCCGAUGUGAUUUACACAUCUAGUGAUCAUGCCCUCCGGUCAGCCGAAGACACUGGCCCGGGGCUGAGCUAUAUAUACGGUGGUACCAAGGCCGGUACUUCUCGACGAGGUUCCGAGUCUAGCGGCGGAGCCAGCCCUGAAUCUGUUCUCCCCAACGGCCAUGUAUACGUCCCAGACACUCAUGAGUCUCAUGCUCCUCCGCCCCAGAGCUACGUUGCCUCACAGGAUGGAGUAGAGGGAGCAACCAGGUCUUCUGGUCGAAGGAGUGGCAGCGGCGGAUCCGCGCAUCUGCAUACGGACGGCCGCCGACGAUCUGCGGGAAACCUCCGUGGGGGAUAA